AUGUCACGGCUUAUUUUUCUUACAUUAUUCUUGUUUUUUUUGGCUGGGUUUACUUCAGCUCAGGUUCAAUCAAUUAAUACACCUGGUUCUAGUGUUGCAGUUGGUGCCUUGAUUACAAUCACUUGGUCGUAUACCCCACAAACUAAUGCGCUCCCGGGCACUUUAAGUAUCAUCGACAGCACAACUAAAAAUACUGUUGUUAUUAGCAAUACAAUCAACCUCGCUACUAAAUCUUACCAAUGGACGGUCAGUGUUCCUGCGGGCACUUAUUACCUUGCUCUCAACGAUGGUUCUGGUGAUAAGGACUCUGGAACUUUCACAGUCUUUGCUGGAUCCAAUCCACCAUCCUCUCCUGCCUCCACUAGUUCUCCUUCUAAUCCCAACAAUCCAAAUACUACCUCCAAUGCCCCUACUGCUAGAAGUGGUGCUGCUCC